GUAACUGGUGUGGUGUAUUAACAUUGCCACUGGGGAGACAAAGGCGGCCGGGCGUGGUGGAUACAAGUCCCGGGCGAAGCCGGGUAGUGAAGCUAGUCUGUUUAUAUUUGAACAGUGUACAUUACAGUACGCAAGCCUUUAUGUGAUAUUUGUACAUUGCAGUGACGCAGUGGUGUUAUCCAUUGCAUCAAAUAUUUUUUCGUUUCCCGACUCGUGGCUGCGGCUAACAUAAGUAGCACGAUUUUUUGUCGUCGUCCCCCGCACCUCCGAUGAACACGCUUGGCUACGUGCGGUGCGAAAGAAGUUCAACGUGUACCGUACCAUGGCGAGUGGCAUCUGAACCAAGCCUGGUGCCCGUGGGGCCCCCUCCCUUCUAUUGCACCCAGUCCACAUUGACCGGCGUGGUGAAAUAUGGUCAUGCUUCAAAUUACAAUGACCGGCACGGCGUGGAACAAGGCAUUCGUCCAGCAGUGAAUUGACGGAAGGAGAUCAAAUUUCGUACCGUAACAACAAAAACAUUCAAACGUACACCCAGCUCCAGUGAGAAGUUGUGCAGCAGCGUGACACAACAGUUAUUGAUUUACAUCGUGUUGCAUCAUGUAACCGUGAUACGGGCCACUUGCUGUAAAUCCCAUUUCCUCCACUCGCUGACAACAAAAAAACGUGAUCCAUUGGUCACGAGGAUUGAAACAAACACUGCGCGCAGUGGCAACAGCGAGCCGGGACAUUGAGUGUAACGUUGCAUUUUCACAUAGUUUGUAUAGUCUGUAUACUCUGCUUCGCUGUGAAUCAACACGUCGCCUCGCUCCUAAAGAGGGCAGGCGGGUGGGGGCGAUACGGUCACCGAAGGGGGAAUGGCUGAUGGUGAAGACGACCUUGAUGUACACGGUGAUGCAACUAGAGCCGGCGCCUCAAUUCCUAGGAAAAAUACGACUUGGAAUGUGGAAAAUGCGCCAGGUCAUUCGAACGGGCAGCCUCGCUCCGAUGGCAUCAGCUCCAAAGAAGAAGAGGGGUCAGGUGGCCCCAGACGCAGCUUUACAAGGGCUGAGUACUUUACAUUGAUCUCCAUCGCCAGCGUGGAGUUCACCUCCAUGAUGACCAACUCGGUCCUGGUCCCAUUCUUUCCUGAGGAGGCUGCUAAGAAAGGAGCCACCGAAACGGUGGUGGGACUGAUAUUUGGAGUGUUUUCCCUCGUUCAGCUCCUCUUUUCUCUUCUGUUGGGAAAAUACAUGGUUAAGAUUGGAGUCAAGUUCACGUUUCUCUCAGGACUGCUGGCCUCUGGAACCUGCACAAUUCUGUUUGGACUCCUAGACGAGGCCCCGAGCGGCAGGAUCUUCAUCGCCCUGUGCUUCCUGCUGCACGGCGUGGACGCCGUGGGCUGUGCUGCCUCCAUGACUGCGUCCUUCACCAUCUUGAUGUCGAUGUUCCCGCACAACAUCUCCACGACCAUCGGCUUCCUGGAGCUCCUCGCAGGGCUGGGCUUGGUGAUGGGUCCUCCUCUGGGCGGGUUCCUGUACGAGGCGUGGGGCUAUAGGAUGACUCUCAUAAUCGUCGGCGUCUUCAUGUUGCUCACCAUCCCCGUCAUCCUCGCCGCUCUGCCUCCGCAAGUGCUGGUGGGGAGCAGUGGUUCGUUCAUACGGCUCUUGUCACUGCCCUCUGUGAUUGUCGUGGCAUUGCUCAUCUGCUGCGUGGACUCAUCGAUGGGAUUUUUCGAUCCCAACAUCUCGCUGUUCCUCUUUGAGCAGUUCAAUCUGAGCUCUGGGAAGAUUGGACUCGUCUUCAUGAGCCUGUGCAUCUCAUACUCUGUGAGCUGUCCUGUCGUGGGCUACGUCAGCGACCGCAGACCUCAAUGGAUGAGAUGCAUGAUGCUGGCUGGAGCUUUUGUAUCCGGUAUCUGCUUCUGCUUGUUGGGCCCUGUUCCCAUCCUGCACAUCCACACUCAGCUGUGGCUCGUGGUGGUGGUCCUGGCCGUGCUGGGUGUUUCCAUCGCCACAGCCAUCGUCCCCACAUUUUCGGAGAUCCUCCUCAUGGCCACUAACAAUGGCUUUGAAGUGGGGCUGGGCACGCUGGGGUUGGUGUCCGGUAUCUGCAAUGGCUUGAUGUCUUUCGGGAACUUCAUAGGCCCCACGCUGGGCGGACUCCUCGAUGACUACGUGAACUUCAAGUGGGCCGCGACCAUGGAGGGGCUGCUCUUAAUCCUUGCGGCAUUCCUCAUGCUUGCAUUUUACAGCUACGAGUGCAUCAGUGAAAACAGGCACCGCCAAACAGAAGAGCUGCUCGGCGAUGUGGAGGAGGCCACCAGACCCCUGCUGUCCUAGCGCUGGGUGGAGUUGGACAAGCCAAGCAUCGGCGUUCAACGUGCGAGGGGUCGUGGUGCAAUCGCGGUCAAUUGUGCCAGCAUUAGCACACGGCACUCAUUGCAAGCAAAAGAGGUGGAUCGAGAAACUUGGCAAGGGAGAGGUGGUUCUGAAAUUUCAAGAUUUUUAAAUGGGGCCCUAAAUUGAUCAUAGUAAUAAUGAAAUCUAUUUACUUUUACUGGUAAAUAUCAAUAAAAUACUCAUCAAAUUUUUUGGUUUUCAAGGUGCCACCCCUUUGGAUCCACCACUGAUGCAAGCAAGAACACAUUAUAAAUGUGUAGAAAUGGAAAGGUGGCUCACAAGUGAUAGUGCUGGGCUGGAACCGUUGUGAACCUCUUUUCGAUUCUAGGCAGCUGCCACCAUUAAAUCAAAGUGCAAUAAACUGGUAGUCUUCGCCCAGUCACCACUAAUUGCACACAAAAAAACAGCACGGUAAAUUAAAUUCUGCACUUAACGUUGAAUGCCAGCACUGAGCUGAUUAUUGGUUUUACUGUCAUGCGAUGAGCAUUACUCUGUCCCCUACUCUGUUGACCAGAGGUCACUUUAAAGGACCGAGAGAUCCGAGUGGAUUCUUCUGAUCUUGAAAAAAUGCUGGUUGCACAUUUUGGGAGAAUUGUUGGGAAAAUACCAAAUGAAAAUGAGUAUUGAGACUCAAGUGUUCCUGCACCGUCAGACAUGUUGAUGGAGAAUUGCAGAAUUGUAGUUGUCCGUGUUCAAAAUUGUACAAAUGUGCAUGACAAAAUAAUCUGACCACCAUUAUUAUUGCAUGAUGUUUAUCAUAAAAAGUAAGCGGCUGCCAAAAAUGUUAACCUCCAGAUUACAUUUAAACUACUGUACAGUGUUGAUGAUGGUCAUCUCUUUUAGUUUGUGCCUGUACACCAGUGCAGUCUCAGACAGUAUAUUUAUUUUUAAUCGUGCACAGAUCACAUCAGAAUCAAGUGAAAGUAUAUUGCGAUAUAGUGGAAUUUUAUAACUCGAUAAGGAAUUGGAAAAAACAUCCCAAGUUCGGAAUCUCAUGAAAUCAUGAGAUGAAGGUUGAUGUUUUUGUGAAUAAAGGAAAAUUGUUGACACUUUUUGAGAGGAAAUGCCACUGAGACCACUGAUUUUAAGACUUAACUUUUUAAUUUGCCUUACCCGGAACGGUUUUACCACCUCUUAUGUAUCGAAGAAUAUUUGUGCCUUAGAUUUCUCAGAAAUGUGAAAAAUACUGAAACUAAUUUAAGCUGGCUGUAGCAUAUCCAUUAUUCUGUUCACAUGUGUUGUAAUAUAUUUACUAUGUAUUGCACUACAAGUUUGUCGGUUGCAUUGUUUUAAAAGUACAGCAUGCUUAAGCUAACGGUACCUUGUCUGAGGCACAGGCUGGAAAUCUUAACUGGCUCGAAUGCUAAAACAAGUCUCUCAUGUACGAGGAACAUCCUGAUGGUGAUUAACCAUAUUUGUUCAUCAACUAACAAGAUAUGACCGUCUAACAAAAGGCGUGUGAAUUUAACGUGUGAAAACGUCAGGAAGCAGGUCAAAUUAUUUGAAGAUGGUAAUAGUGGAGACAUUGUCGUUAAAUCAAGCAGUGGCAGAUGACUCCAACAAUUACGCAGAGCGGAGGAAAUCAUUGGUACUAUCGUUGCAAAUUGGUCACCAUACUGUCAGGACUAUGUCAUAUAUUGGCUUAUCAUUAUAUAUGUGGAUAGUGUUUGAGUGUGGCUAUGCAAGUUGUGGGCCUGGUAGAGGGACUUCCAGUUGAGCCUCUCUGUUUCUGUUAGUGGGGAAUAUAUUGCGUGUAUUUAUGGAAUCGAAAGUAAGUUUAAAUGUAAAUAAAGUUCCUUUCAAAGUGA